GCAAUUUAUGGCACUACUUCACUCUCUGGGCAAUCUUAUCGCAAUCACAAACCUAUAAGUUGGCCGUUAUGGAUGAGUCGAGCAGCAAUACACCCUAUCCUCAAUACCUACAACCAGUCCCGGCUCAGAAUAUCAUCAAGACACCUCAGACGGGGGCAUUGGACUCUGCCUUUCGACGCACCGCUGAUUCCUACUUCCCACUGCAGGGGAGCGAGCUGGCAAUCUCGGCAUCCUCCUCAUCCAAAGUGCCGAGCACCCUAGCGGAUCUACAGGGGAGGGAACCAAAGAAGAUGGUCGCCCUAGUGGUCCCGGCCGCCGGAGAUGAAGCUCCAAGGGUCGAGGCAGGAACCCCGAGUGAAGAGGAGAAGUCGGCACCUGAGAUAUCAGUCCCUAAGAUCGAACAGCCUCCCCCGGAAACAAGACACACGCCGGCGAUCAAUGCCCCCCCGACACCGCCGUUAUCCAGGAGCAUGUCGGCGAUGAGCGUCAUCUCCGGUGUGAGCGCUGUUUCUUCGACAUCUGACAAGGAGACGUGGGAUAGGACUAUCGCUAGAGUGAUCAAAGGCAUUGUUUCGAUUAAAGCGACAACUACCAGACCCUUCGAUACGGAAUCAGCCGGUGACUACACUGCAACAGGGUUCGUGAUCUCCAGGAAGCACGGCCUUAUCCUCUCCAACCGCCAUGUGGUGUCACCAGCACCGAUCACAUCGGUUGCCGUGUUUGUUAAUUACGAGGAGGUGCCAAUAAAACCCGUUUAUCGUGACCCAACCCACGAUUUUGGCAUCUUCAGAUAUGAUCCAUCGAAAUUGAAGCAUAUUAGUGUCGAAGAGAUCGAGCUCCGACCGGAGCUCGCUCGUGUGGGCGAGGACAUCAAGGUCGUCGGUAAUGAUGCUGGCGAGAAGUUGUCGAUUCUUGGCUCUACCCUCGCGAGGCUCGAUCGCCAUGCCCCAAGUUACGGAACCGACUCCUACAACGAUUUUAAUACCUUCUACAUGCAGGCCGCCUCCGGGACUUCCGGUGGGUCCUCCGGUUCCCCGGUGCUGAAUAUUAAUGGCCAGGCUGUGGCCUUGAAUGCUGGAGGGAGUAACUCUUCCCAGAGUUCUUUCUAUCUUCCGUUGCACAGGGUCGUGCGCGCGGUGGAGAAAAUUAAGAGGGGGGAGGCUGUCAGCCGUGGUACCCUGCAAACCGAGUUUUUGCACCAUAGCUAUGAUGAACUUCGAAGGCUCGGUUUGACGGAGUUGAUGGAGGAGGGAUGCAGGGCUAGGAAUCCUUCUGCUACGGGUCUCCUUGGUGUUAUCCGGGUUCUCAAGGGUGGUCCCGCGAGCCCAGACAGGAAGCAACUCCCGAGCGAGGCGGAACUUGCUGUUCCGGCUGGUGUAACCAGGGUUCCCGGAUUGGAGCCUGGGGAUAUCCUUUUUACCUGUAAUGGAAAGCACAUCACGGACUUUAUUGGGCUUUGGAGCAUCAUUGAUGACACUGUUGGAGAGGAUAUUGUACUCGAAAUUUUCCGUGCUGGAAAGGAGGGCAAGGCCGGUGCCACCGGGAGGCUACAGGUCGUAUGCACUGUUCAGGAUUUGCACACUAUCACUCCCAGCCGCUUCCUGGAAAUUGGCGGAGCCGUGAUCCAUGAUUUGAGUUAUCAGAUGGGUAGAAAUCACAACGUCCAACUUGGGACUGGCGUAUUCUGUGCGGGUGAGAUUUUCAUUUCGCCAUUUGCGCUUACGAAAAUUCCUCAUGCUGAUGGUUUGCCAGCUUCCGGUUUCCUUUUGUGGUCCUCGUGGAGCAGAGAUUUCCUGAUCACUGCUGUCGAUGGAAAACCUACCAAGAAUUUGGACCAAUUCAUUGAGGUCAUUAGAGAGAUCCCAGACUACAAACGGGUACCCUUUAUGACUAGGUCUAUGGGUAGGAGCGAAGAUCAAAUGAUGAUGGUCGAUAUCGAUCGGCAUUUCUUCCUCGCUGCCUUGUUUGUGAGAAAUGACAAGGCUGGAACAUGGGUCAGGCGAGAAUUUGGGGCCUCGCCCCCAGAGGAAGUUCUCUGUGCACCGGAAAUCAAGGAUGAGGAUGCCAUUGACGCUGAAGGGGGCGACGAGGAAGAAGCGGAAGAAGCGGCUCUUGAGAAGCUUAAGGGUUCUCUUGUUAAUGUUGUUUGCCGUCUCCCAUACUCCAUCUACGGCCACACAUCUGCCUCCAACUACUCGGGCGUUGGCAUGGUUGUGUCACUAUCACCCGUCCCCUUGAUCCUGUUUGAUAGGUCAUCUGUUCCAGCGGAAAUGUUGGAUAUUCGUCUUACGGUCUCAAACAAGAACAUUCCCGGACAGGUCGUCUAUCUCGGAGCUUUUACUCUUGUCACUUUUGAUAACAAAAAUCUCUCCAAGAACGUCAGCGUGCCGGAAUGGGACACAACACCCCUCAAGGUGCGCGAUGAGGUCAAGGUGGUCGGUCUGACAUCAGAUCAGCUCCUUGUCCAGAAGGAGACUUCCAUUGCAUCGAUCGGCGUAAACUUCAAUACUUGGCAAUGCAAUCCCCCGCGUCACAGGUUGAUCAACGUCGAGAAUAUUAAUGUCUCUGAGUCCUCGGGCUGCUGGGGUGGCGUUAUUGUGCGCAAGCCAUCCAAGACCGCAUCGGAUGAGGAGAAGCGCAUUUUGAAGGUUGCAGCUUAUUACAUGACUAUUUCGUCGCAGAACAAGAAUGGUGAUGACUCUUUCUGGACCCAAGGUCUUGAUAUUCGUCGUUAUGUUCUUCCGGUCGUCACUCGUAUCAAUGAGGAACUGGCCACUGGGCCUGUUGAGCCGCCUCGCCGGGAUCUCGGAAUUGAGUUCUCUGACAUGUCGCUCGCGACCGUGUCCACCAUGGGACUUUCACGGAAGAGAUUUGAUGCUUAUGUCAAGGCAGCAAAGAGGAUUCGCGGUGCUCCCCGACCGCUUAUUGUAGAGUCGCAUCUUCGCCCAUCACCAGUCUCUCCAGAGGACGAGGACAAGUGUCCGAAGAUCGCAGAUAUCAUCUUGGAGAUUGACGGCAAGCCAAUCCACCGGGUUUCUCAACUCACCGAACUAAACCUUGACUCGAGGGAAUCUGUCGAAAUGGUUGUCCUCCGCGGCGGUGAAGAACUCACCCUGACCGUCCCAACCACCCUCGCCCACCCUUCGACAGGGACCCAUGUCGUCCAGUUCUUUGGUGCAAUCCUUCACGCAACUCACGCUGCAGCGCUCGAGCAGGUGGAUUCUAAGAACCCAUCACCGCUCAUCCCUAUCAAGGCCCCUGGCGUCUACGUCGGGGGUGUAUCAUACGGGUCUCCGGCCCUCGAUAACAUCCGUCCGACCCACUGGAUCUUGGAAGUCGACGGGGUCUCCAUUUCCAGCAUCGGCGACCUCAUUGGCGUUGUCAAGAGCAGGAAGUGGAAGACUGGUGAGUAUAUUCGUCUCAAGCAAGUUAACCGCAAGGGCAUCACUAGCGUUGUCUCCAUUCGUGUUGACGAACGCUUCUGGCCAGUCCUUGCUUGGAAGCGACAGAGCUCUGGUAGUCGGCGAUGGAUCCAGGAGAGGGUUAGCGGGCUGGAGUUCGUAGAGGGCAUCAUCUAAUCUCUUUCAGCGUUUCCUUCUUUGAAUUUUUUCUACCCGUUAAUACUUUUUUCUUUUUUAUUAAUAACUAUUUGUGUGGUGUUUUCCCCCAUGGGUUUUCGGGUCCUCGGCAUAUUCUUGAACAUAGACUUCUUGGAAAAGUGGUUUGGUCGGGGCCAUGAGCCUGGUUACUUUUAUGGUUGUCUCUUGUUCCCUCUGAACGUCUUCCCUUUCUUUCUCUCUUUUUCACGAAAUAAAAUAGAUUGGGUGUAGAGUUGUUAUGCCAUUGUUUGUCUGGGUAUUAUGUUGUGUUGGUGGGAGGUUAUCAUGAGUGUUAGGUUAUUGCAUUGGCACAGUACUGCGUUUUUGUCUGAGCACCGCUAUUCUAAUUAAUGGGUUUACUGUCG